AAAGCUUUCUUGUAUGUACCUCUUCGUAUAUAAUCAAUCUUACCCACAAAACAAGCCUUUUAGAAAUGUGCCAUUCAAAUCCAGCCAAAGUUAGAUAAAACUACCAUCAGAGACAUAUAGAGGCAGCCGAUAGCUCGUAAGCAAAGAGUUUGAAAAUGAUUUCAGGGGCGACUUCAUGUUUCUCCAAUGCAUCAGAAUGUUUGCCAAUGUAUUCGGUGGCUGAAGACAUGGUUCCAUCUUCCCUUGAAGCAGGUUCAGGCCCAGAGGCUCAUUCGAGCUCUCUCCUCUAUAAUCUCGCCAUCCUGAAAGAUAAAGUUCAUCAGGUCCAAUCUCUUGUUAGCAUCCUUAUCGCUCCAGAUCAAACCAACCCUGAGUCAACGUCUUUAGCCAUAGCAAGCAUGGGUUCUUUGGUUCAAGAAAUCAUUGUAACAGCGUCUUCGAUGAUAUUCAUUUGCCAGCAAAUGUCUCUUGGAACCACUUCAGCAGGUAACAGUAAUAGCACAACUGAUCAAGUGCACCAGCAGCAUGUUAGGGUUCCUGAUAAUAAUGGGAUAUCUCAACAACCAAACUUUAGUCAUGAUAAUUGUGUUGGUAACAUAGUUCAAGAAAGAGGAAAAGGCUUUUAUUCUAGUACUGAAACUAUUACCUGGUAUAGUGAUCACUGCAAUAAUCGUAACUACAACAACAACAGCAGUCGAAGUUUGCAAGUUAGCAAUGAUGAUAAGCUGGAAAUUAGGAAAGAAUUGCCUCGAAGAAGCGAAAUUAGUGAAGGGUCACAAGGGAUUUCAAUGAAGAAUUAUGAUAUAGUCGAAGUGGAUGCUGCGGACUUAUUAGCUAAGUACACACACUACUGCCAAGUUUGUGGUAAAGGGUUCAAGCGAGACGCAAAUUUGAGAAUGCACAUGAGAGCUCAUGGUGAUGAAUACAAGACAAGUGCAGCUUUGACUAACCCCAUGAAGAUACAUCAUGAGGGAAGUGCCACGGGAUCAAACUGUUCGACGAAUUUGCCUAAGAAAUUCUCAUGUCCGCAGGAAGGUUGUAGGUGGAACCAGAAACAUGCCAAGUUCCAACCACUGAAAUCCAUGAUUUGCAUGAAGAAUCACUACAAGAGGAGCCAUUGCCCCAAGAUGUAUGUUUGCAAGCGGUGCAACAGCAAGCAAUUCUCAGUGCUGUCGGAUCUCCGGACUCAUGAAAAGCACUGCGGUGAUCUCAAGUGGCAAUGUUCUUGCGGUACCACAUUUUCCAGGAAAGAUAAGCUGAUGGGUCACGUUGCUUUGUUCGUUGGGCAUAGUCCAGUUGUUACUCCUUUGACAAAGCCAGCAAAGCUCGAACUCCAAGCCACCAGUAUGCAACUAGAUGAUAGGGGAUGAACUAUAUGAAGCAAGAACCUGUAGGGAGAGCGCAUCUGUAUGGCCUGCUGUCUCUCUUUUUGUUUCAAGGCUUACUCCAAAGGAUUGGAGUUCGAUAUGUAUGUUUGAGGCAGCAUGUUAAAAGCAACGUCUGUAAAGAAGAAUUCGAAAGCAUCAUACAUUUUGCCAUGAGCUAUAUAUAUGUACCCUGUAUAUCACAGUUUCUUUUUCCUUCUUUAAUUUUCUUGUAGUUUUCCUCCCCAUAAUUUCAGUUCUGAGUUUUAACUGAAACAUUGAAUUCCCUG